CUGGAGGAUGGCGGAAUACGCUCACGGAAUCACCGUGGUGGGGGACUGGUCAUCUAUAAACCCCAAAACAGUCCAAACUAAACUACAGCUUUACUUUCAGAGUAAGAAGAAAUCACAAGGAGGAGACUGCGAAGUUCAGUGUGGCGACCGGAAAGCGACUGUACUCUUCAAAUGCCAACUCACACGAGAUAAUGUUCUCUCUAAAAAAGAACAUAACUUAACAAUUGAUAAUCAGGUUUUGAAACUAAAUGUGUUUGAACUAUCCAGUGCAGCGGAGGGUCACACAGAACAGCCUGGAAAAUCAACUGGAACAGGAAGUGAUGUCGCGCAGGCCUCUCAGCAGACAGCUGUUCAGAGUACAACCAAUGAAGCAGCUUCCAAGGUUAGCUUGGGGGACCCUCCAAAGCCCAGUGCUGUGGUACUGGAGAAUCUGCCAGAUCACUUUACCAGAGAGUACCUUUUACUUUUUGUGGAAAACAUCACUGACGUUUCAGAAGAAAACUGUUUUUUGGAGUUUAUUCCAGAAUCAAACACUGCUGUUAUAACCUUUAAUGACCCCAAUGAUGUAGAGAUGUGUAUUAAAGAGAGCAAAACUAAAAAUAAGUUCCAGCAGAAAGGUAUUACAAUUCGGGUUCUGGAGCAAAGCAGAAGUGUUAAGGUAGAAAACCUGCCUCCUCAGUGCAUCACUGAGUGGUUAGAACUUUACUUUGAAAAAUGGGGUGGAGAUGUGGAGAAAAUCACCAUUAUUUCAGAGGAGCAUGCUGCCAUUGUUACUUUUAAAGAGCAAGAAGCUGCUAAGAAAAUUCUAUCAAAAAAACAUACUUUUUACAACACACUAGUCGAUGUAUACAUAUACUACCAGUCUUUGGGAACUGCUUUGUAUGGCAGAGACAGACCAACAUGGACACUUCCAACACCUUUCACAGAAAAGCUCCAUCCUGCCAUUAGGGAAUUCCUUUUAAGGAAGGGGCUAAUAUCCUCCAUCUGUAACCAGAUGAUGUUACAAUACUGCCAGGUAAACAUGGAUAAAGAUGAAGUCCUGCUCAGCCCUCUUCCUUCACUUCUGAAAAGAAAGGGUAUAACCAAAAAACACAUAGACGACUGGGAAGAAAACACCAAGUCUGCCUUCAAGAACAUCCUUUCCAACUUUGCUCUAUUUGAGUAUUCAAUUACUCCCUCUUUGUGGCCAGAAGUAGAGAAAGACAUUCGGUCCACAGUCCAAGAUAAAGCCCUCUUGGACAUGAAUACCUUAACAGGAAAUUUGGCACUUGCAGGAACAGCUAAUGACAUUAACAUUCUGAAACCAAUUCUGGAGGAUUUUUUAAAGAAAGCAUCAAGUCAGUUGGAAAGAAAAAUGACCUGUAUCUCAGAGAGCAUGAACAUGUCUCCUGCAACGUUCUUCUUGCUUCAGCAUGAGGGACUUACACAUGCUGCAUCGAAAUAUCCACAACUGGAACUUGACUACAAAAAAGACACAAAUCAGUUAAUAUUCAAGGGCCUCAAAUUCGAAAUUAUCGACAUUAAGAAUUGGAUCUUGGAGAAGCAACAUGAAAUGAAAGAUAAAACUAUAAAAAUGGACCCUUCAUUACUGGAGUUCCUGAGAUCAAUGGACUGGGAGGAGAUGUCAGGAGAUUUGUUUACAUCCCAAAAAAUUGGUGCGGUUUACAAAUUUGAAAAUGGGGACUUGGUUUUGACUGGAAGUACAGACAAAGCCCUGACUGAGGCUGAGAAACGACUGGAAAUGAUGUUGACAUUCCAAGACAUCUCUCUAGAUGACCCAGAAGUGGUUAAAAAACCUGAAUGGCAAGUUCUUACGAAUCAGAUGUGCAACAUUUACAACUCAUCCAGGAACAAGACUGUUCUAAUAAAAUCCUCCAAUCACAAAAACAAAAUCAUAGUUUGUGGCUUUAAGGAUCCCGUCCUAGAAGUCAGCAAGAACCUGGAAACAUUUAUUAAUACACACUCAAGAAUCAAUGAGGCCAUUCGUGUUAAGUCACAUGCAGUGGUGAAAUUCAUCAAUGAGAAGAAGUCACAAGAGUGGCAGAAAUUUGUGAAGUCUGCUGAAGUAAAAAUAGAGUUUGAAACAAAAAAGCCCUUGAUUCGAGUGUAUGGAGAGCGAGUCCAUGUUCAACCAGCUCUGAAAUUUUUACAAAACUUGGCAGAAACUCUUCACUCUGAAAAAAUGACAGUUAAAAAGGCAGGAGUCAAAAAGUUCUUUCAGGAGCAGGGAACCAUGGUUUUGAUGAUGAUGAUGAAGGAGCAUAGAUUUCUGGUUUUGCUUGAAGAGGACUAUAUGGAAGAUGAUGAUGAACUUGAUUAUAAUGAAGGUAAUACAGUGAAAGACUUUGGAAAGACUUUCUGUGAGGUUCGGACACCUAGCGGGAUCGUCAUUACAGUCAAGAUGGCUGAUAUCUGUAAGCUAAAAGUAGAUGCUGUAGUCAAUGCUGCCAAUGAGGAACUACAUCAUAUUGGUGGCUUAGCAUUAGCACUCCUAAAAGCUGCUGGACCAUCUUUACAACAAAUCAGUAAUCAACAUGUUGCUUUAAAUGGGAAACUGAAACCAGGAGAAGCUAUUGUUACAAAAGCAGGAAACCUUCCAUGUAAAUGUGUAGUGCAUGCCGUAGGUCCACGAUAUUACAAUAUGGACAAAUCUACUGCUGUGAAGACACUGAGAAAAGCUGUGAGGGAAAGUCUGAACCAGGCUGCUUCAAACAACUGCACCUCUAUUGCGGUCCCUACCAUCAGCUCGGGUAUAUUUGGCUUUCCUCUUGAGCUCUGCACUGAGACAAUCGCUAAGGAACUACGUGAUUAUACCCAGAACCGCCAAGGUGGCAAAAAUACACUGAAUGAGAUCCACUUGGUAGACAACAGUCCUAAAACUGUGAAUGCCAUGACUCAGGCUGUUAAGAAAGAAUUUGCAGACUUAAAUCCCAAAACGUCCUUUCCACAGCAAAUGUCAUCACAUCAAGGCCAUGGUAGACAGGGUCAGGAAUAUCAAGACCGAAGUAAUAAUCAACAUGGAGCUCGAGGCAAUAGUCCAAGAAGUGGUGAUACACGAGUAUACAUGGACACAGAAUCUGAGGGGUUUGAACCUAUAGAUACGCCAAAGAGACAUAAGCCAAGCACAUCACUCAGAACACAACAUAAACAGGUUCUUCAAACUCAGAACACACAAGAGGGGCUAAAAAUCCUUCUCCAGGAAGGGAAUAUCCAAGAUGCAGUUUCUGAUGUGAUUGUCAACACUGUCUCAAAAGACUUGGACCUUAGCCACGGUGCCGUAUCCAGUGCUCUCCUACAGGCUGCUGGUCCUCAAAUCCAGGUUGAAGCUUAUUCUAAUUUCAAGGCAUCUGGAUCUUCUGCUCUGACUUAUGGAGCCAUGUUGGUCACUGAUGGUUAUAAUUUAAAUUGCCAAAGAGUCUUUCAUACUGUUUGUCCAUACUGGAAAGGAGGGGCUGAAUCAGGUGAUGAGAUACUGAAAAGAAUCAUUCAAAACUGCCUUAAAAGAGCUGAGAACCAGAAAAUGGCUUCCAUUUCUUUUCCAGCCAUUGGUACAGGGAACCUUGGCUUUCCCAAAGAUCUUGUCUCCAACAUUCUGCUCCGUGAGAUUCAUGCCUUUAGUUCCAGAGUCCAACCUCAGAACCUUAAUGAGGUGACUGUGAUUGUGCAUCCUGCAGACAAGGAGACUGUACAGUGCUUCAUUAAGAGCUUCAAUGGUGGGUGGCAGCGUCCCAUCACAACAGGAACAAGUGUUUUUCAGCAGCAUUCAACCAAACAAGCACCAGCUGCAUCUUCUGCACAGCCUACUGGACUUUUUGGAGUGGUUUCUACACCUAAUCUUGGAGUGCACAGAGUGCAGAUUGGGCAUCUGAUCCUUGAGGUUUCAUCAGGUGAUAUUACCCGAGAGAGAUGUGAUGCGAUUGUUAAUUCCUCCAAUCAGUCAUUCAGCUUGAAAGCAGGGGUCUCCCAGGCCAUUUUGAAUGCUGCUGGUGCAUCAGUGGAACAGGAAUGUGCCCAGAUGGUGGCAACAUCACGUCAGCAGCAAGAAAUGAUUACGACCACAGCAGGACAGCUCCCAUGCAGGCACAUAAUUCAUGUCAUAGGCCGAAAUGCACCUGAUGAAAUCAAGAAUGUUGUUUACUCGGUUUUAAAGCUUUGUGAGGAACAAAGGUUUUCCUCAGUUGCCUUUCCAGCACUUGGCACAGGUCAAGGCCGAGCCAGUCCCUCAGCUGUUGCAGAUGCAAUGAUUGAUGCUGUAAUUGACUUUGUGAAAAAGAAAAAAGGGACAAAUUUGCAAAGUGUGAAGUUCUUGAUAUUCCAAGCGCCCAUGGUAGCCGAUUUUCACCGGAGCAUGCUGAUGAAGCAGCAGAAAGGUGUAGAGAAUAGUGGUGGUGUGAUAGAUUGGGUAAAAGGAAAAAUUAACACUUUCACCAGCCUUUUUGGAAUUGGUGGUACAGAACCAGGUGUAAUGCAGGAAGAAUUCAUGAUGGUGAGCGAGGAUUUUGAGCCUGUUGUGUUUCAGCUGUGUGGAGAAAGCAAAGAGGACCUGAUUGAAGCACGAAAGCUGAUCAACAGCAUCAUCUUAAGAGAACACAUAAGCUCGAACGUCCAGGACUCGGCCAUUAACUUUUUAAGUCAAGAGGAAGCAGAUGUCCUGCUUGAGCUGCAGAGGGAGCUUACGGUUAGCAUCCACCUCUCAAAAAAAGGCCCAGAGCCAGAGAUCACCCUGGAGGGCCUAACACGAGAUGUGAUGAAAGCUGAGAAUCGCGUUCGUGACAUGAUCCGCAAAGCGGAGAAACGAGUAACGCGCAGACGUGAGGCCAUUUUGCUGAGACCCAAGGUGGAGUGGCAGUAUGAGGACAUCAGUAAGAACUUCGUCCCUUUCGACAUUUUAACCAACUUUGAUCUGGAGGAAGCAUACAAACUGAAGAUUUGUGCUGACAUUGUUAUCAAUAAUAAACCAUUUAAAGCCAUUUUAGACCAAAACGUGGCAAUUGGAGAGUCAAGACAGAUUACUUUAAGAAGGACUGAACCUACAGAUCAAACUUUGCCUCAGAACUGGACUGACAUGAAAGGAGCGUUGGUUCUACAGGUCCCAAUUCAACAAAGCACACAGGAAUAUACAUUUGUGGAAAAGGAGUUCAGAAAGACAGGACUGACAUCGACUAUCCUAACUAUUGACAGAAUCCAGAAUGAAACUCUGUGGAGGAACUACAUGAACCAGAAAGCAUUCCUGGAGAGAAAGAACAACCACCAGAAAAAUGAGAAGUUGCUUUUCCAUGGCACCGGUUCUAAAAAUAUUGAAAAGAUCAAUGACCGAGGUUUUAAUCGCAGCUUCGCUGGCACGCACGUAGGGGCCAUGAUUGGGAAUGGUGUAUAUUUUGCUGUUGAUCCAGCUUACUCAGCCCAGGGCUAUGCCAGCCCAGAUAAUCUGGGUCAUAAGCGCAUGUAUUUGGCUCGAGUGUUGGUUGGCGAUUACACCACAGGGAAACAAGGUCUUCUUGCACCUCCAGCUAAAAGCUCCUCAACAUCGGACUUGUACGACAGUGUCACCAAUAAUCUCAUAACUCCAACUAUGUUUGUGAUCUUUCACGAUGUGCACGCCUACCCUGAAUAUUUAAUCACGUUCCAGUAAAAAUGCUACCACUUCUAAUCUAUGCAAACUAUUUGUGAUUUCUGUCAAAUGAAAUGUCUUUUUGUGGCUGUAAAAGGCCAACCUGGGUUAAACAAGUAAGCACAUGUAAAUCACACUUUAUGCAAAAAAAGAAAAUUGCAAAUGCUGUCAUAUUUAACUAAAUAAUGCAACUUUAUGCAACCAAAAUGCAGCAAUUGUAGGGUUAAAUCUUACAUAUUCAGGUUUACUCAGGUAAUAACCAGAUAUAUUGUGUAUGUCCGCUGCAAUUCUGUGGUAAUGUAGUUGGACGUAGGAUGUCUAUCUAGUUCUGCACCAAGUUAAGCAUGUUUUAUAUGUUCCUUUUGUGUCCUUGUGAGCUUUGUCCAGGCCCUGUAAUGGAUUGGCACCCUGUACGGGGUAUUUCUGCCUUGCGCCCAGUGCUGAUGGAAAUAUGCAUUAUUAUUAUUAUUAUUAUUAUUGAUCAUGGUGGUGGACAAAACUUACUCCUUCUGCUAUGCAAAACUUCAUGUUUCCACAAGAGGGCAGACAGGUUAAAAACACAAGCUUAAAUAAUAACCCUGAAUUUUGUAUAUAUGAAACAAAUGAUUAAAAUCUGAAUGUCUUUUCUGCCUAUUAUUGUUGUAAUGUUCCACUUUUUAGAGACAGUUAACAAUAAAAACUGCACAAUAAACUAAUCUCAAUGUA